AUGAGAAGCUCGACUCACCGAGAAGGCUGGUUUUGGGAGAUUGAAGAGGAAGAAAUUCAGAGGCAGGGAGAGGCGUCCUUCUUACAGCAGCGAUCCAGAACACCACAAAAGGGAAUCUGUGGCGGUGAUAAGCGUCAUCGAUGCUACUCUGUUUUGCGGGGCGUUGAAGAGGAGACAAGGAGCCGGAGACAGAGGAAGCUCCUAUCUGUUUCAAUUGGAGGUGACCCUCCUAAUUCCUUGAUUUUGGACGAGGAAGCUUCUGUUUCAAAAGCUAUCGUGGGAUAUGAAUUGAGAUUGGAUCGAGAGAGGCAGAGGCAGAGAGAUGUGAUUGACGCCGACGACGUCUCAGGCCACUCCCCUACCCGAUUGAGCCAUCUCGCUAUCUUAGUCGUUGCCAUCGAUCCACCAUCGCCAAAGGAGAAGCUCAACCCGCCGGAGAAAGCUGGGUAUGAGAUAUUGAAGCAGAAGAAAGCUGGAUUUUGGAGAAAGCUGGGUUUGGGAGGGUUGAAUUAA